CCCGCGCUCCGGAAGUGAAGGCGCCAGACCACCAGCUAAUGGAUGCGGAGCGGACGGCAUGCUGACCGCUCUCGGGCGCCAGGGGUUUGUCUGGAGCCAGGACCGCAACACCGAUGUGUGGAGUUGGGUGAUACCUCCUCUGCCAGAAGCUAAAUAAGCUCGUGGCUCUUGCAGAACAUUCUGGAACCUCUAAACAACAGGACGCCAAGCCACUCUACUCAGACUUCUCUUUGAGAGUGUUUCGCUGCCGACUAGAGACCAGGAAGCGGUGGUGGGUGCAGCUGUUCCAGGUGCCUCGGUGAUCCAAGCAGGGUCGGGAACACGACGUGGUAGCCAGCACCUCUGAGGACCAGCCAGAGGACUGCGCUGCUGUGGCUCUGUUGUAAGACUCUGAGACUGCUCUAGCGUGACCUGCCAGUACAUACCUGCACAACAAAUUAACUGCUAGCAGAAGAGUUAGAGCAGAUAGUUGGGGCCAUGGCACUGGCGCUGUUAGAGGACUGGUGUGGGAUAAUGAGUGUGGAUACUCAGAAGUCGCUGAUGGUUAUGGGGAUCCCAGUGGACUGUGAUGAGGCCGAGGUUCAGGAGGUUCUUCAGGAGAAUUUAAAGGCCCUGGGCAGGUAUAGGCUGCUUGGCAAAAUAUUCCGGAAGCAGGAUAAUGCCAACGCUGUCUUACUGGAGCUCAUGGAGGAUCUUGACACCUCGGCUAUCCCCGGCGAGGUGCAGGCAAGAGGCGGCGUCUGGAAAGUGGUCUUUAAGACCCCUAACCAGGACACUGAGUUUCUCGAAAGACUGAACCUCUUUCUGGAAAAAGAGGGGCAGACCUUAGCCGGGAUGUUCCGAGCCCUCGGGCAUGAGGGAGUGUCUCCAACAGCAGUCCCUUCCAUUUCACCAGAGCUACUGGCCAAUUUGGUGGGACAGGCAAUAGCGCAUGCGCCUCAGCCUCUGCUGCCCAUGAGAUACCGAAAACUCAGGAUAUUCUCGGGCAGUGCUGUUCCGGCCCCAGAGGAAGAGCCCUUUGAAAUCUGGUUUGAGCAGGCCACUGAGAUCGUUAAAGAGUGGCCAGUAGCGGAGGCAGAAAAGAAAAGGUGGUUGAUGGAAAGCCUGCGAGGCCCCGCCCUGGACCUCAUGCACAUAGUGCAGGCAGACAACCAGUCCAUUAGUGUGGAAGAGUGUUUGGAGGCAUUUAAGCAGGUGUUCGGAAGCCUGGAGAGUCGCAGGACCUCCCAGGUCAGGUAUCUGAAGGCCUAUCAGGAGGAGGGAGAAAAAGUCUCUGCCUAUGUGCUCCGGUUAGAGACCUUGCUCCGGAAAGCUGUCGAGAAGCGUGCCAUCCCUAGAAACAUUGCCGAUCAGGUUCGUUUGGAGCAAGUCAUGGCAGGGGCGAGCCUUAGUGAAAUACUGUGGUGCCGGCUCAGGGAGCUCAAGGAUCAGGGGCCACCUCCCAGCUUCCUUGAGUUAAUGAAGGUGAUACGGGAAGAGGAGGAGGAAGAGGCCUCUUUUGAACAUGAGAAUCUCGAAGACCCAGAUGAGGCAGAAGGCUAUGGGCAGUGGGUUAACCAGGCCGAUGCCUAAGCACCAAUUCGGGUGAGAUCACAAGUAGGUUUAGGGGGACGCUCAUUUGAAAAGAAAUAAAAAAACAGCUUUUUUUUUUUUUUUUGAUGGACUGUAUUGAAAUCAAAGCACUCAGUGCAAGUCAGCCCUUUUGUCAAAUAAUUAAAAUACGCGAGUGUUUCUUGAGACUUUCCAUAGUGAUUACUAACAAAAGAUGACACUCUGGCAAUUAGGUCAUAAGCUGAAAGGAAUCAGAAACACCAGAACUUAAAGUUUCCUUAAACUACACCAAACGUUACCCAUAAA